AACACACGGCCUAGGCCCGCCCCGUCCGCUAGUCCCGCUGGCAAGGCAAGGGGCUCGGGACAGCGGCUUAUGGGGGGUGGGGGGCGUGCAAGACCCAUGGGCGAGGGGAAUGGGAGACAGAGGGAACUGACGCGCAGGGGGCUUCGAUGAGCAGUGCGGUUGUUCAGCUGCAAACAUGAAAGCCAAUGAGAGGUUCAAGUUCCUUGACCCCAAAUAUCCAGUGAGGGGAGACUGUGUCCUGUUCAUAAAGUAUGUCAUCUCUAAUUCGGCAAAGACAGUGAUGACUAUAUAUGCAGACCAAUUCUGCUCUCCAAGAGAUUCUAACUUCGUUAGAGUUUGAACCACUAUAGAACCACUGCUCUCAGGAAGCCACAACCCAAAAGAAAAGCCCCUUAGAUGCUGCGAGCUGGUGAUCCUCAAGAUAGAACAAAGUAACUAGAACCACAUCCACUGAUUAGAUUUGCCUGGAGGAGGAGGUACUCUCUCCUUUGAUCUUCUGAUCUAGAAGAAGAGAUAGACCAAAAGUCUCUCCAGCAAUAACCUAUAAAUAUCACGAAAUGAUUCUUGAAGACUAUCUUUCCAGCUUGUUACAUAUGCAAGGUGUAUUUACAGGAGACAGCAAUGGAAACCUGGUCAGUUGAACAGGUCUGCAGUUGGUUGGUGGAGAAAAAUUUAGGAGAGCUAGUUCAGAGGUUUCAAGAGGAAGAAGUAAGUGGGGCUGCUCUCCUUGCACUUAAUGAUCGGAUGGUUCAGCAACUGGUAAAGAAAAUUGGGCAUCAGGCUGUUCUGAUGGAUUUAAUUAAAAAAUACAAGCAGAACACUCAAGGACUGAAGUCCCCUGAAAACCCCAAAGAGGCAGCCCUGGUCAUGCAAACAGAAGCAGCCCGAGAUAACAGGGAUGAAGAGACCUGCAGUCCAGUCAGCCAUGGGGAGCAGAUGCCAUCUUUCUAUCCAUCUGAAAACCUUGAAGAUGGACUAAUUGACCAAAGAGUAUUAAAACAGAGAAGAAAUGUGAAACAUCUUCUAGAAAGAAGUAAAGCAUUACAAUGGACGAAGUCCUAUGUUUUACCAGAGUUUCCCUAUGAUGUCAAAUGCACGUUAGCAGAGCAGAAGUGCCCGGAUCACAGCAUGAGGAUAAGGAUCAUUGAGUUCCUCCAGGCUGACAUGACCAAGUACCUGGAAGGCUCACUGUACCCCAGCACCCAGCAGUACAAUGACGUAGUGAAUGCCCUGCUGCAGGCCCACCCUUUCCUGGAUGAGGACGGAUGUGGCUUUUUUUUAUGGAAACGAGCCCUCAAAGAUCGCUUUAAAUAUGUUCGAAGACCCAUAGAAGAUGAUGAACAAGUGAUUAGAAAUAAGUGUAAAUUUGGACACCGAAGAGGCCAGACAAGGAAAUCUAUUGCUGAUAUGAGAUUUGAUGGAAUUAAACUCGUCCGGAUCAAAGAAGAAGCUGUUUGUUUUGAUUCUGAGCUGGAUGAACAUAUUAAGUGGUUUCAGCAAGAAUAUGUGAAAACAGAAAAGAACUGGAGAGAAAUUGACAAGAGAAUGAGCCAAACUUUGGAAAUAAGAAGAAGGAUGAUUGGCAGCCGAACACCUCUGAAGGAUAUUCUUAAACUGUUUCCUUUCUUGAAGUGUCCUUAUCAGAUGUUCAGAGAGUUCCAACUUCUUACAAGAACAGAUAUUUGUAAGAAAACAAGGCACAUUUUGGAAUCCUAUUCAGAAAAUAUACUGACUUCUUUCUCAGUGGUGGACAAUCAAAUCAAUAUUGCGUUACAAGAGAAAAUGAAACAGUACACAGAUGAAGACAUGUUGAAACACAUGAAGAUGACAGCCACAUGUUUACUCCUCCCAGAUGUUUUUGGGGAUGAUCCCAGUCUUUUUGUCAUCAUGAAUGAACAGGUGCAAGUGUCCACACCCGUGUUAGAAGUUAAAAACCCUUUCAACAUGGAGGUCUGCGAAUUUUCUUUGUAUUUAGAAAGGGAGAGGCUCACGAAGGUGGAUAACUGUGUUACAGCCUUGGCUGCACUAGUAGCUGCCUUUCAUGUAUUUGGGAUUGAGUAUCCAAGAAGACUGUCCCAAACGUUCAACUUCCUAGAAACACUGAUUUUUGAUAUGCACAGUCCCUAUUUUCCUUCUUUGAAAGAAAAGUAAAAGGAAGUAGGGUUUCAACACCCAGUCACCUAAUAGCAUGCCACAUAUUGCAUCGGAAUUUCCUUCUGGGAAAGCUGAAGCUUUAUAAAAAAUUGUUUUGACUUAGGGUUGUGGUAGAGGUAGGUGUAAGAAAAUCAUCUUGUAUCAUAGACGCUAAUGAAUGUCAAUGCUUUGUCUUUACACUUAGUUCUUUCUGAAAUUCUGUAAUACAAUUUUAUUUAAUU